UCUCGCUCCAUCGAUGAGUGUGAGCUUGCGAGUAGGGCGUCAGUGAUUGAUCGAGAAAUUAGUACAGGAACAGGUUGGAGCGCGAAUUUGGAUUGCGAGAGUCUGCGGCCGCAGCUGCAGAACUGCUGAACGGGAGAGGAUGGAGUCCGUGCAAUGUUUUGGCCGGAAAAAAACGGCUGUUGCAGUGACUUACUGUAAGAAGGGCAGGGGUCUCAUUAAAAUUAAUGGAUGCCCGAUCGAGCUCGUGGAGCCUGAAAUUCUGAGGUACAAGGCCUUCGAGCCCAUCCUGUUGUUGGGUCGUCAACGAUUUGCCAAUGUGGAUAUGCGCAUUCGCGUGAGGGGAGGAGGUUUCACUUCACAGAUUUACGCUAUUAGGCAAAGUAUUGCUAAGGCCUUGGUUGCCUAUUACCAAAAGUACGUCGAUGAGCAGUCCAAGAAAGAGAUCAAGGAUCUGCUCGUCCGUUACGACAGAACUCUCCUUGUUGCCGACCCUCGUCGCUGCGAGCCGAAGAAAUUCGGAGGACGGGGAGCUCGUUCCAGAUUCCAGAAGUCUUACCGUUGAUUUAUUGUUACUGGCUCUGCUAUGUCAUUGCGUAUCAUAGUGAUAGUGUUGUACACCUCUUUAAUGAUUUAAAACCUUUCCAAACGGAUGUCAAUCUUGCAAAUCUAAAAUGACGCUUUUCUUGGAAUGCCCCCACCG